ACUACAAUCUCUCCAUCUCUUUCUUGGAAUCAUUUUCAUUUAGACAUGGAGAAAGAAGCAGCUCAAGAGAUACAGCUCCAAAUUAUAGAUCAAGAAGAUCAUGCAAAGACGACAAAUAAUCCCACAGAUGAAAAAAUUGAGAUUCCUACCGGCAGCCGCCACCGCCUCCUCCGGAUUGCGCUCUACACCGUCUUUGUACUUGCUGGUCAGUCGAUAGCUAUACUGCUUGGAAGACUUUACUUUCAGGAAGGUGGAGGCAGCACAUGGGUGGCAACCCUUGUGCAGGUCACCGGAUUCCCCAUUCUCAUUCCUUAUUACUUUCUUAAUCUCUCCAAUACCAGAAUUCUUGAUAAACCAAUUGAAACAGAGAAAUCUUCUUUCAAAUGGGUUAUCUUUGUUUAUGUUUCCCUUGGACUGCUGGUUGCCGGAAUUUGCUUUAUGUAUGCAGUUGGGAUACAGAAACUUCCGGUGUCCACAGUGACACUCAUCUCUGCCUCCCAAUUGGGUUUCAACGCUUUCUUCUCCUACUUUCUCAACUCCCAAAAGUUCACUCCUUUUAUAAUCAACUCUUUAGUCCUCCUCACCGUCUCCUCCGUCCUCCUCGUCUUCCAACCCGACUCCGAGAAGGCUGCGGGAAUCUCCAAAGAGGAGUACACCGUCGGGUUUCUCUGUACCAUGGGGGGAACAGCAGGGACCGGACUGCUUCUUGCUCUGCAGCAGGUCGUCUUCAGGAAAGUGAUUAAGGGUCAAACUUUUAAGACCAUAGUGGACUUGUCAUUCUACCAAGCCUUCUUCGCCACCGUGUUUGCCACGGUGGGGUUUUUUGCCAGCGGAGACUGGAAGGGAGUGAAAGCAGAGAUGGAGGGGUAUAAUCUGGGAAAGGUUUCUUAUGUCAUGACUCUGGUUUGGACGGCUAUAGGGUGGCAAAUGUUCGACAUGGGUGCGAUCGCGUUGAUUUUUGAGGUGUCUGCUCUCUUCUGCAACGCCAUAAGCGUGGUGGUGUUUCCUAUGGUUCCGAUCAUAGCCAUCUUCGUUUUCCAUGACAAAUUCGACGGGAUAAAGGUGAUCUCCAUGGUGUUGGCAAUUUGGGGCAUUGUUUCUUAUGUUUAUCAGCAUUACCUCGAGGAUAGGAAAUCAAAGAAGGAGGCUGAAUUUGCUAGUGAAGUUCCUGAAGUUACUGCCAGUAAUGCAAGAGGCUGACGGAUAGGAAACUUUCCUUUUUUUUGAAGUAGAGAGAAUGGUGCUCUUAAGGUCUGAACUCAAAACUCGAAUAUCAUCACAUUAUAUUUAAGACAUGAUCAUUAAUUAGGUCGUGACAGCUAAUUCAAGAAUAGAAAUUUAUACUGGAUGCUGAUCAUAUAUACAUAAUCUAGGCAUGUUAUUUACUUUUAAUUAUUAAUAAAGAAGA